AUGGGCAGAUUCGGCCUGAAGAAAUCCGAGGACGACGACUCCCCGAAUCGUCUGGCACUAUUCGGCUCCCGGUCAAAGAGCAAGAGCCCGGCUCCUCCUUCGAAUCCCUACGCAAAGCCCAUUCCGACCGACCCUUACACCAGAGCCAAGAUCAACGCGGGUGUCGCCCCCCUCCCACCCAAUGAACAGCCUGGCGCUGCCGGCUCCAUGAGCGGUCCGCCGGCGGCCCCCGGCGGCAUUCCUGGAGAUAACAAGUAUCAAGGGGGCGGAUAUGCGCCAAACAAGUAUGGCGGUCAGGGGGGGUAUGGUAGCGAUCGCUUCGGUGGCGGUAGUAGCGCGGCUGCCGCUCCCGCCUCCCGUUAUGGCCCUGGUGGCUACGGAGGACUGGGUAGCGUUAACGAACCCGACGAUGCCACUCGGAAUGCUCUCUUCGGCGAUGCUAGAGAAAGGGCUGUUGAACAGCAGCAGAAUGGUCCUCCUCCACCAUACUCGGCAGGAGGUCCCGCAAGUGGUCCCGACGCCUACGGAGGUGGCAGCAACGCUUACACCACCGCCACAUACUCAGAACGGAACCUGACAGCUGAAGAGGAGGAGGAGGAGGAAAUCCAGGCCAUUAAGCAGGAUAUCCGCUUUAUCAAGCAGGGCGACGUCGCUUCCACUCGCAAUGCCUUACGUAUUGCGGCCCAGGCGGAGGAGACUGGUCGGGAAACCCUGGCCCGUCUGGGUGCUCAGGGAGAGCGUAUCCACGACACCGAGAAGAAUCUGGACAUGGCUACCAUUGAGGGUCGCAUUGCCGAGGAGAAGGCUAAGGAGCUCAAGACCCUGAACAAGAGCAUGUUCGCGGUGCACGUCUCGAACCCGUUCACCAGCUCCCGACGACGACGAGAGCGCGACGAGAAGAUGUUGAACACCCACCGUGAGGAGCGAGCCGUUCGUGAAGGUACCCAGAAGGAGGCCUUCGUCACCAAUCAGCGGAUGGAGCGUACGUUCCGGGAAAUUGAACGGGAUGCGAAGCAGGACAUGCCCAAGCACCGCACGAAUAUCACCGAGCGUGCCAAGUACCAGUUCGAGGCGGACAGCGAAGACGAGGCGAUGGAAACGGAGAUCGAUCAGAAUCUACACCUGCUUUCGGGUGCAGCCGGCCGGUUGAACGGACUGGCCAAGGCGACAGGUCGGGAGAUUGACGAGCAAAACCGUCACCUGGAGCGGAUCACGGGCAAGAGCGAUUACGUCGACGACCAGAUUGCUAUGAACACGUUCAAGAUAAACCGGAUUCGCUAG